AUGGAUGCCUCACUAUUAUUCGGACAAUACCAAAGCUUUUGGACGGUCUUCCUUUUACGAACGGCGGUCGACAAGCUGGCCAGAAAGAACUACAACAUCGCACGAGCCAGACCAGGGGAGAGUAAGCAAAGCCUCAUCUUUCGACUCGGAGCUCUGCAACGAGAACUUACGCAAGAACAACUUGCUUCUAUCAUUGCAGAAUUCCUGGCCUGCCAGUAUGGACCUGCAGAUAUGCAAUGUGCCCCACAGCAAGAAUGCAAUCCGCAGGGCCAGCAGCAACAACAACCCCCACCGCCGAAUGCGGAAAUCGGUGCGAGGAAUGAUGAUUCUAGAGACCGUAUCUUAAGGCUGGAAUUGAUGGCUGGAGAUUUUCAAGCACUCUACAAUGAGUCUCAGAAUCGCGUCACAGCGCUAGAAGCAAAUGCUACCCGCCAAAACGCUCGUCUCGCUAGGCGAAUGGUCCAACGUAGAGUUCCGUCCAAUAUGGAAAGAGCUCGCUUAAGAAGAGCAGAUCGAAGAAUUAGACGACAGAGCCAACGGUUGUUGGAAGCGGUGCAAGAUGUCCACGGCUUGGCUGAUGGAUGGAGGUGGAUUUGA